UGCACAGCUGUAGACAUAUUAGGUUGAGAUAUACUAGAGAACUUUCCAAAUACUUGAUGCUCUAGGUUACUCCAAAUAAUCUUUCCUUGGGGCAAGAUAGCUAUGAUUUUUUAUUCCUUAUACGAGCUGUUCACCCUUAAAGAGUGGGUGAUUUUCACUGCAUUUCUCUUGUUUGUUAUUCAUGUUAUUUGGAACAAAAAUUCCCCUAACUUUCCUCCUGGACCUCUGCCUUUGCCUUUCCUGGGAAAUGUCUUUACAGGAGGUGACUAUAUAACUAUGAAUAAGUUAGCAGAAAGGUAUGGAAAUAUUUUCAGUCUCAGGAGAGGUACUACCAAAAUUGUGUAUGUUUCUGGAUAUAAGCUGGUGAAAGAAGCUCUUGUCAUUCAAGGAGAAAGCUUUGCUCGUUGUGUAUCACCUUUAUUUGAUGAAAUUUACAAAGGCAGAGGUCUGUCAUUUACCAAUGGCUACUCAUGGAAGAAGCACCAACAAUUUUCUGUUAGUUACAUCAAGAACUUUGGAGAGGGAAGAGAGACUCUACAGCAAAAAAUCCAGCAGGAAUGCUACUUCCUGUGUGAAGCAUUCAAGCAGGAACAGGGCUGUCCAUUCGACCCUCUCGUCAAAAUCAAUAAUGCAGUAGCCAAUGUGAUCGGCACCCUGGUGUUUGGGCAUCGCUACGAGUAUGAUGACGUUCAAUUUCACAAACUUCUACGCAUGAGCGCAGAGUCGGUGUAUCUCACUGGCUCUGUGUGGAAUGAGUUGUAUGAUGCAUAUCCAAGCAUAAUGAAAAUCUUACCAGGACCUCAUCACACUAUAAUAGCAAACUAUCGCAGACUGGCAGCCUUUUUGGGAGAGAAGACUGAGAAACACAAACAGGACCAGGACCCGAAUGAGCCUAGAGAUUAUAUCCACUCCUACUUAACAGAAAUUGAGAAGAGGAGAAAUGACAAGGAAGCCCAGUUUAACACAGACAACUUGCAGUGGUGUAUGGUGGACCUGUUUGAGGGAGGAGCAGAGACAACAACUAACACCCUACGCUGGGCUCUGCUGUACAUGAUAAAAUAUCCACUGAUACAAGAGAAAGUCCAGGAGGAGAUUGAACGUGUGAUUGGACAGACACGUUUCCCCACUAUGGCAGACAAAGCAAACAUGCCCUACACCAAUGCUGUCCUUCAUGAAGUGCAGAGGAAAGGUGAUAUUGUCCCACUGAAUAUGGCCAGGGUGGCCACAAAAGACACUAUACUGGGAGGAUAUUUGGUACCAAAGGGAACCGUAAUGAUUACCAACCUCUCUUCUGUGCUGCAUGAUAAAAAUGUGUGGGAAACACCAGACACCUUCAACCCAGAGCACUUUCUGGACUCAGAGGGCCAUUUCCGCAGGAGAGAUGCUUUCCUUCCGUUCUCUGCAGGUAAGAGGAUGUGUCCUGGUGAGUACCUGGCUCAUGUGGAACUGUUCCUUCUCUUCACCUGCCUGCUGCAGAAAUUUACGUUUAACCCUCCCCCUGGAGAAGAGCCCUGUGUGGACAGUCAGCUGGGCUUUACUAAGGUUCCCAUGCCAUAUAAGUUGUGCGCCUCCCCGCGAUGAAGUCAUGGACAGAUUUGUAGGCACACCUGAAAACAUGGUUAGUAUGAAAACAUGGUUAGUAUGAAAACAUGGUUAGUAUGCAUGAAAUGAAAGUACUUUAAUAAGUUACUUAGGCAGUGUGUUACAGCGUGUGUCUUUGAAGGAAGUUUUGAAUCUAACUUAAUUUUGGAAUUAUUAGCAAUAAUCAUGAAGUACUUACUAAACAUAAUAAAUUGGUCAUUCAGCUUGGCUCAUUUUGGAAAGUUUUUUUUUUAAGACAGCUGUUGUUAAGCUACUCCUUGACCCACCCAGCCUCUCCUAUUACUCCCCAAUCUCCAACACACCAUUUCUAUCUGAGUUUGAAGAAAGUUAUUAGCUCCUAAGAAUGUGUGUCUCUAUCCUUGAGUGAGUGAAUAUGUACGUUCUUGGCCUGUUGAAGAUCUGUUGUAAUCCUAGCAACAUGGAAAGAUUUCAGGUGCAGUGUAUGAAAGAAGAAAUGAUUAAUCAUUGACUUUGCUGGAUGAUAUUUAGCAUGUGUUAGAUACUCUUUGGACUGUGCAGAAUGCCUAUGAGUGUGAGUGUACAGGAAUAAAGAGCACCAUCUCUGCA